GAAACAGUCUUCCUGCGCCCCCCAAAACCGCCAAAGUGGCCGCUUGUCGGAGCGAGUGCGCCGCUGCCUCUGUGCGCUCUGACUGGAGGGGGCUGGAUCUCCUGAUUGAAUCCAGCUGUUGUAAAAGUGCUCGGAGGGGGCCCGUCAAUUUGCAUGGCUAAAUAACCCGCAUAGCACGACGGAUCUGGGCAGAAACGGAAAGGCCCUUUUUGAAAGGCACUCCUGCAACACUUUGGUCAAUGUACCGAAGCUUCAGCUCGAUCACACUGCGGUUAAUGAAAACCUGGUGUCGACUUUCGCGUAAAGGCGCAUAGUAGAGGUGGGGGGUUUUGGUGAGUGCCCCGCUGGGAUUCAAAUUCACGGGUCGUCUAAAUCUUUCCUUUGAAAAGGAGCUCACUAGAAACCAUUAACCAUGCUUUUUGAAAUACGUGGCCUCAGGUUUUACUCCUCUUCAAGGUCAGUACAUUUCUUUUCUUAAUCCGGAUUUUGCGUAACGGACUCCUUUUCAUUAGGCUUUGCUUUAGAUUCGUGUUUGAAUGAAUAUGUAACAGGAUGCUUAUAUCGAGCUCCCGUUACUUCAACCAGCUGUUCCUGAAAUUCCCUCUUUGCAGGAUGUUGGCUGCUCUGGUAUUUAUUCUGCUUUGUAUCCAGUCUGGGCACGGACAGACCUGCACAAACGGUUUUGCAUAUGACAGGGGGUUAAGACAGUGUGCAGAUGUGAAUGAAUGCGUUAUCCUGCAAUAUCCGUGCCAAGGAGAGAUGGAGUGCGUCAACCAGAUUGGAGGUUAUAGAUGCAUCCCGACUGAUUUGUACGAUCGGCCAUACAGACCGAGCGGCCCGAUCCUGCCUGAGCCAAGUUACCCGGACACCUCUGCUGGAGUUGCAGACACCUUUCUCCCUGCUGCUCAGAGACCCGUGGAGCCAAGCUAUCCCAGAGUGAGGCCCCCUACUCUGUGCACCCUGGGAUAUGCUCCUGCAGCGGAUGGCACCUGUAACGACAUCGAUGAAUGUGAGACAAACUCUCAUCACUGUAACCCCACCCAGGUCUGCAUCAACACAGCAGGUGGCUACACCUGCUCCUGCACAGAAGGUUACUGGCUCCUUGGUGGACAGUGUCAGGAUAUCGAUGAGUGUCGUUACGGUUACUGCCAACAGCUUUGUGCAAAUAUCCCCGGCUCAUACUCCUGCUCCUGUAACUCCGGCUUCAUCCUGAAUCCAGAUGCCCGGACCUGCCAAGAUGUGGAUGAGUGUGAAGAUGAACCGUGCAGUCAUGGCUGCUUCAACACCUACGGCUCUUUUAUGUGUAACUGUGACGAGGGAUUCGAGCUGGCGUCAGAUGGAACGAGUUGUAUUGACUUAGAUGAGUGCAGUUUCUCUGAGUUUCUGUGCCAGUACAGAUGUAUAAACAUCCCCGGCUCCUUUUCCUGCAUCUGUCCACCUGGAUAUUAUGUAUAUGAGGACGGCAGGAGUUGUGAAGAUAUCAAUGAAUGUGACACUGGUAACAACACCUGUACAACAGAACAAGUAUGUUUCAAUUUCCAGGGAGGCUAUACAUGCCUGAAUUCUUUACUGUGUCAGCCUCCUUACAUCGCAGUUAGUGACAACCAGUGUAUGUGUUCAGCUGAGAACCCUGCCUGCAGGGACAGGCCCUUCACCAUUCUGUACCGACACAUGGACUUGUCAUCGGGGCGCAGUGUGCCUGCAGAUAUCUUCCAGAUGCAGGCCACUACGCGUUACCCCGGUGCCUUCUACAUCUUCCAGAUAAAGUCGGGCAAUGAUGGCCGAGAGUUUUACAUGAGGCAAACCAGCAAUGUGAGCGCCACGCUUGUCUUGUCACGGCCAAUCAAAGGGCCAAAGGAGGUGGUGCUUGACUUGGAGAUGGUCACGGUCAACAAUGUCAUCAACUUCCGAGGCAGCUCCAUCAUACGGCUGACGAUAUUUGUAUCAGAGCACCCGUUCUAAAACGUGAACCUCAUCCCCCCCAGAUUUAAAGCAUGAUGCAGCUGUGCUCACCUGCACCUGAUGUAGUUUUAGUUGAGACAGCUCAAUACUUUUUUUCCCCAGUCAUUAUGUCAUCAUAAGUAAAGACACAUCCGAUAAAGACUCUGCCAAGAUCAGAUGAUGGGAAAUUUCUGUGUUUGAAUCCCCACCCUGACUUCCUGGACGCUGAGCUUUUAUGGCUGCAAUGUGGACUCAGAGGGAUAUUUAUGGUGUACAAUUUCUGACCUCCUCUCCUCAGAUAGAAUGUUUGACAUAAUAUUCACUGAGUUUCGGUGUAUAUGCAUGAGUUUCCCAAGUUUUCUGUGAAUCUUCAUUCCUUCACAUUUAAGCUGUGAAAGCCACUUUCAUACCAUCAUGAUCGUUGUUGAUCGUAGUUGUUGAAGAACAACUAUGUAGAUUUGUAAUUAUGUAACAGUCAGUCAUUCAACUGAACUGUUGACCACAGUUUCUUUUAGACCAAUAAAUGACUUCACCACCCAAACGACCCUGCUAUGA